AUGGUAAGAAAUGUAAUCAAUUGUUUUAAGUCUGCAUGCGAUUCUCUUAAGAAUUGGUGUAAAGGAGGUAUUAGAAUUGGUACAAUAUGCAUUUUAUAUUCUUCUGGAAUGUAAAAGAUUGACAUUAGUUCAAUAUUAACCUUGUCCGACUUUUCAUUAAACCAAGGCAUUUGCAAAGCUUUUUAUCUUUGGUAUCUUCAAGAAUAACAAUUAUCAAUAUUAAAGUGCUAAACUUUUUUUGCCUUUCCUGUUCUGCUUCAGCUACUGAAUUUACCAUUUCCUCUUCAAAGCCUAUUAAAAAGUUUAAAACACAGGAGGAGAUAGAUGAAAAAUGCUAAAUAUAUUACAGUUUACAUUCUAAUUUAAAAAGACCAAAAAGUAAGAUUUUUCAUUUACCCAAUAGAAUCUUUGA